UUCCACGAAUUGUGUCAUUUCAAGUUUCGUAGUACAAUUGGUCAAAAAAUGCUUUCAUAGUGUACAAUACAAGUUUUUUCUAGACAAAAAAGUCAGCUUAAUAUUUUUUUUUAAUAAUCAUAUUUUCUAUCUUUUAAUUAACAUCAUUAUAUUUUGUAUUUUCCCUGUUAUAUACUUGAUCUAAGUUUAUGAUAGAGUUUCUAUUCUCGAAUGUGAGAAUUACUACUUAUUUGGCUAUUAUUCUUGAAUCGGAUUCGAUAAAUUGUUCAAGACUUGGAAUUCUUUGCCCUUCCCAGCUGCAUCAUGUUCUCCUUGCGGAUAUGUUCCUUUUGUGACAAACACAUGUGCCUGUUCCUUACAACUUAGAACUCAUAAUCCAAACAAAUUCAUUCAUUUUAUUGGUUUUCCACUUUCUUCACUAUCUUUCUCUAUCCAACACAAGAUCUUUCCUUCACAUUGCUAUCAAACAAUCAAACUCAUAAAAGUGAAUUAAACACCUUCUCAGUCUCAUUCACACCUUUGAAAAUUAAAUGGCACAAAACCAAACCCAUCAUCACCCACCACAACUUUCUUCAAACUAUGCAUUACCCAUUUUUGCCAUUCUUAUUGUUUUUAUACUUAUCACCUACUUCAUUCUUGUCACCAAAUGCUGCUUAAAAUUUCACCCUUUGAGAUGGAUUUCAAUCCUUCCACCAUCACAAGAUGAAGACCCUUUCAUAGCAUUCUCUCCAACGAUUCGAAACCGCGGCGGUGUCGACGAAUCCAUCAUCCAAAAAAUCCCAACUUUUCAAUUCACAAAAGGUGAUGGUGAUGAAUAUGAUCAUCAAAGUGUAAAGGGGUGUGUGGUUUGUUUGAGUUCUUUUCAAGAACAAGAUAUGCUAAAAGUGCUUCCAAAUUGCAGCCACUACUUUCAUUUGGAUUGUAUUAACAUUUGGCUUCAAACAAAUUCCAAUUGUCCUCUUUGUAGAACAAGCAUUUCAGGUAACACACAAGUUCCAAUGGAACAUAUCAUAGCACCAAGUUCUUCUCCACAGGAGUCUCAGUUAUUUUCUAACAUGGGUAGUGAUGAAGAUUUUGUUGUCAUUGAAUUGUGGGGAGAAGGAGAACAUGGUGGAACAACAGUGCCUCAGAUUCAGCAAGAGAGUAGAAAUGACUCUACAAAGAUGGAAGAGAAGAAGAAUGUGAAUUUGAAACAGAAAAAGUGGAAGCGUGUUUCUUGUAUAAUGGAUGAUGAGUGUAUUGAUGUUAGAAGGAAAGAUGAUCAGUUUUGUGUUGAGACAAUUAGAAGAUCAUUCUCAUUAGAUUCUGCAAAUGAUAGACAAGUUUACUUGGAUGUUCAAGACAUUAUUCAACAUAAUCAUAGGAGUCAAAAUGAGGAUUGUGAUAGUAGUAGGGGUAGAAGAUCUUUCUUUCCACUUUGUUAUGGCAGGGGAAUGGGAUCAAAACCUGCAUUACUUGCUCCACAUAACAGGGUAAAAUAUUGAUUUAUUAAUUUCCCA